GGGGGGAUGAGGAAGGGUUUCUCUUUCUUUCUCUCAGUGCUCAGUUAAUCCUGCUGUCAGUUGGUGUUAAGGCAGCCGUCUAAACGCUGGAUUCCAAGAGAAAGAGCUGCACAAUACAGAAGGCAUAGCAGAAGGGAGGAGAGAGAGAGAAAGAGACUAGAGAGGGAAAAAAAACAAAUCUAUGCUUGGAACUGAGGUUCUUUUUCGCCAAUGCAAAAGGGAAUAUGCAGCACAUUUUUGCCUUCUUCUGCACCAGUUUCCUAGGGACGGUGUUAGGGGCCAAUUUCCCCAACAAUAUCCAGAUAGGGGGAUUAUUUCCUAAUCAGCAGUCCCAGGAACAUGCGGCUUUUAGGUUUGCAUUGUCUCAGCUCACAGAACCCCCUAAACUGCUUCCCCAGAUUGACAUUGUGAAUAUUAGCGACAGCUUUGAAAUGACAUACACCUUCUGCUCGCAGUUCUCCAAGGGCGUCUACGCCAUCUUUGGGUUUUACGACAGGAAGACGGUGAACAUGCUCACGUCCUUCUGCGGGGCACUCCACGUCUGCUUCAUAACGCCCAGCUUCCCCGUCGACACCUCCAACCAGUUCGUCCUCCAGCUGCGCCCAGAGCUUCAGGACGCCCUCAUCAACAUCAUCGAGUACUACAGCUGGCAGAAGUUUGUGUACAUUUACGAUGCUGACCGGGGCUUGUCAGUCCUACAGAAAGUGCUGGACACAGCUGCCGAGAAGAACUGGCAGGUGACAGCUGUCAACAUCCUGACAACAACAGAAGAGGGCUACAGGAUGCUCUUCCAGGAGCUGGAGAAGAAAAAGGAACGGCUGGUGGUGGUGGACUGCGAGACAGAGCGGCUGAACGCCAUCCUGGGCAAGAUCAUCAAGCUUGAAAAAAAUGGGAUCGGAUACCACUACAUUCUAGCAAAUUUGGGAUUCAUGGACAUUGACCUGGUAAAAUUUAAGGAGAGUGGAGCAAAUGUGACCGGCUUCCAGCUGGUGAAUUACACGGACACCGUUCCAGCAAGGAUCAUGCAACAGUGGAAGAACAGUGAUGCCAGGGAACAUCCUCGAGUUGACUGGAAGAAGCCAAAGUACACCUCUGCUCUUACUUACGAUGGAGUUCGGGUGAUGGCGGAGGCUUUCCAGAGCCUGCGAAGGCAGCGGAUUGACAUCUCCCGUCGUGGGAAUGCUGGAGACUGCCUUGCAAAUCCAGCCGUUCCCUGGGGCCAAGGAAUUGACAUUCAGAGAGCUCUGCAGCAGGUGCGCUUUGAAGGGUUAACCGGCAAUGUUCAGUUUAACGAGAAAGGACGUCGGACCAACUACACCCUCCACGUGAUCGAAGUGAAACACGAUGGGAUCAGGAAGAUUGGUUAUUGGAACGAAGAUGAUAAGUUUCUUCCCACAGCCACAGAUUCCCAAGGUGACAAUGAAUCCGUGACUCUACAGAAUCGGACUUACAUAGUUACAACUAUUCUAGAAGAUCCAUAUGUGAUGCUCAAGAAGAAUGCCAACCAGUUUGAAGGCAAUGAGAGGUAUGAAGGCUACUGCGUGGAGCUUGCUGCCGAGAUCGCUAAGCAUGUUGGCUACCAAUACAGGUUGGAGAUAGUGAGCGAUGGGAAGUACGGAGCCCGGGACCCUGACAAUAAAGCAUGGAAUGGCAUGGUGGGAGAGCUGGUUUAUGGAAGAGCUGAUGUGGCUGUUGCACCAUUAACAAUCACCCUCGUCCGAGAAGAAGUCAUAGACUUUUCCAAGCCAUUUAUGAGCCUGGGCAUAUCCAUCAUGAUAAAAAAACCUCAAAAAUCCAAGCCAGGCGUCUUUUCCUUUCUGGAUCCCUUGGCUUAUGAGAUUUGGAUGUGCAUUGUUUUUGCCUACAUUGGAGUAAGCGUUGUCCUGUUCUUGGUCAGCCGCUUCAGCCCUUAUGAAUGGCAUACUGAGGAGUUCGAGGAAGGGCGCGACCAGCCGCCCAGUGACCAGACUAAUGAAUUUGGGAUAUUUAACAGUCUUUGGUUCUCCCUGGGAGCCUUUAUGCAGCAAGGAUGCGAUAUUUCACCAAGAUCCCUCUCUGGCCGCAUAGUUGGUGGUGUCUGGUGGUUUUUCACCUUGAUCAUCAUCUCUUCCUACACGGCUAACCUGGCUGCCUUCCUGACAGUGGAACGGAUGGUGUCCCCCAUAGAGAGUGCAGAAGACUUAGCCAAGCAGACAGAGAUUGCCUACGGGACCCUGGAAGCUGGGUCAACUAAAGAAUUUUUUAGGCGAUCUAAAAUCGCCGUGUUUGAAAAGAUGUGGACGUACAUGAAAUCAGCGGAACCCUCCGUUUUUGUGAGGACCACAGAAGAGGGGAUGAUCCGGGUGAGGAAGUCGAAAGGGAAGUACGCCUACCUCCUGGAGUCCACCAUGAAUGAGUAUAUAGAGCAGCGCAAGCCAUGUGACACUAUGAAGGUGGGAGGUAACUUGGAUUCCAAAGGCUAUGGCAUUGCAACACCAAAAGGGUCUGCACUGAGAGGUCCCGUAAACCUAGCGGUUUUGAAACUCAGUGAGCAAGGCGUCUUAGACAAGCUGAAAAGCAAAUGGUGGUACGAUAAAGGGGAAUGUGGAAGCAAGGACUCCGGAAGUAAGGACAAAACAAGUGCGCUGAGUCUCAGCAACGUGGCCGGGGUUUUCUAUAUCCUGAUCGGAGGGCUCGGACUAGCCAUGCUGGUUGCCUUAAUCGAGUUUUGUUACAAGUCCAGAAGUGAAACAAAGCGGAUGAAGGGUUUUUGUUUGAUCCCACAGCAAUCAAUCAAUGAAGCCAUAAGGACAGCAACUCUUCCCAGGCCGGCUACAGCAGGAGGCAGCGGAGAAAAUGGACGGGUGGUCAGCCACGAUUUCCCCAAAUCCAUGCAGGCGAUUCCGUGCAUGAGUCACAGCACUGGGAUGUCCCUGGGAGCUACGGGAUUAUAAUUGGCCAUGAUGCAUCACCUGGGUGAGAGCCGGGUCUCGCCUGCCCCACCCCUCCAGUGCCAAAACCAAACUGAACAAAUGCAAGAAAAACAACGAUGACAAAAGGGACAAUUUGAUGGAUCUUCCUGAGGAAAUCAAAUCUAUUUUCUUUGUUGUUUUCUGAUAGAUCCACAGGCAGGAGAACAAUAGCAGUCCGUACUGCGAUAAGGAGACGGGUAAUGAGAUUCAGUAGGUUCCUGGACCAUCCUGGAAUACAGAACCACUGGAGCACUGAGGAAGACUGUGCCAUUUUGUUUUAACUUGGUUGUUAAUAAGUCUUUGUGUGUGCAAUAUAUAUAUUUUUUCUUACCAAUUCCCAUGGUGUCAGGAAGGAUGACAUCAUCUCUCCCCCUUCCCCACUCAACCCUUUAAUCAGGUUUAGUGUGGGAUGAAAACCAUAAUGUCUGAGCUACUAACAAUGAAAGGAAAAUAAAAUAAAAUAAAAGGCAAACCUAAUUCGCUGGGAGUGUCAGCAUAUAACCCUGUGACUCAUCAUGAUUCUGCAGUCUGUUGCUUCAGCACCGUGGGGGCGGCGUUGUUGUAACAAGACUGAUACUACUGUGGAGGGAUCUCUCCAUUCUCCCUAUAUGAAAAAGGACUUUAGAGACAAGAAAAUGACUGAAACAGCAACAGAAAUUGACUUUGGCAGAGAAGGGGGUAGGGAGUGGCUGGAUGGAGACAAUGGCUGAAAGUUGUAACUGGAGGUGGAAGAGUCGGCAUAACCCAAGGCCAAUGUCAUAACUAUUCCAGAGACGAUUAAUGAUGGUUCAAGGGAAAGCUGCUCUGAACUUGGGGUAUGAAUCCAUACCAGCCCCUGCAGGGGGGAAACCCCCACAUGUGGCAGGCAAGAGUGGACAAAUCAGCAGUGAACUAAGAUCAUGGCAGACUGCUGCAUAUGGAAGAGAUAAAGCAAAUAUAACAUCUGUCCAACCCCCUACCAAACUUAUCUGGGGUUAUGGGCAAUUGUCACCCAUUUCUUCAUUGCUUUGCUUCUGUACAUGCUCUCUUUGACGGCAGAACCACCCUGAGCCUAGAGUAAACCAUCUACAAAGCAACCAGACAGCCUGCUAACAAGUAAAAUGGAGCUAGAAAUGGUGGAUCUACACUCUGGACAUCCCUGCUUUUUGGCUGUGAAAUUCCCUUAUGGCCAGUUAUGAAUGAAAGGGGACAUUUCAUGGUUAACUGGCCAAGCCAGCCUCCUGAGAAGAACCAAGAUCUCACGUAAUCAAGCAAAUGGUGAGGACAUCCUCAAGAGCUUCACAAGCUUCUGUGAUACUUCCUCGAAGUUGGGCCCAGUUGAAUUUAGCUUCAGUAAUCAGCACUUGUCCCAUCCCACUGGUGGCAAAACCAACGGCAGUGGAUUCUGGCCCAUUCAUCCUCAGCAAGCAAAUGGAACUCACAGAUGGCCACCUGGUUCCUCUGCUUGGUACAGAAAAGUCUGUCUAUGAUCCAAAACCUAGUGUUGCUACUACUGGAAAAGAAAUGGCAAAAUCCACAGUGCAAGAUAUGCAGCUGGGGGCCCAGCUGCUGGCAAUGUUGCCCAAAUGGAUCUUUUUAUUUUUAUUUUUGCUUCAAAUUUUUCAUUUUGUGAAGCUGCCAGCAUGGACAGUAGAACGCUUUUCAUUUGGGGACUGGGAGGGCCUCCCCAAAAGCAAAUCAUUUAAAGGGGACCCUCUAGAGAGAGAGAUCUGUCAAACAGUGACCCUUCCUACCCCAUUCCUCUCCCCACACUUCCACCACUUGUGUCUGAACAGUCACUUCAGACUUUUUAAGAGGUUGAAGCUUCUUCCAAAAGCCAGUGCGAACCCUGCACAGUGACAAGGGGCUGCCACCAGAGGCUCAUGGGCUGCUUUAUGUGUAAAGUAACAGAGACUGUAACAUGGCAAGUGGAGAAACUGGGGGCGUGGGGAGGACAGGUGAAGGAGAGAGAGUUUGAUGAGAAAGUGACAGGCAAAUAACUUCAGCAGGUCUGUGGUGAAGAUUUCCCUGCGUGGUUUUUCAUAAGCACGACUGGCUGCAAACCAGUUCUCUUGAGCGCAUGAUUCAUGGUGCGGUGCUGUAUGUCAGCAACCUUUAAUGACUGACCUGCUCUGAACUGUUCUUUACCAUUUAGCUGUUUGCUACCCAUCUAUUGUCUCUGACUCUGCUCCUCCUAGGGUCACCCUCGUGAGACUGGCAAGUCAAAAACUCAAGGAUCCUAACUAGGGCACAGCAUGUCUUGUGCCCUUGCGUGUUCUCUCCCUGCCAAUGGAAACCCUUGUAGUCUCCAUCUUUCACCCAGACAAGCACUUUCAUCAGCCACUCAGAAUAACUCUUCAAGGGCACCACCUCUGCGCUUAUUAUUAUUAUUUUAUCCACCUCUAUUUUUUUAACUGCAGUUCUGUAUACGUGCAGGAGUGGAGCAGGCAUCGAGGAUGCUUUCCUGCCUCUGUCCCAGAGCUCCUCUGGGAAAGUCUGCUGCCUGAUUCUUUUCUUGUCCCAAGACCUUUCAUAACCCAGUUAUUUCGCCACCUGAAAUUGCACUGAGAGCAGGCUGUAGAGAUUCCCUUUUCUGUGGAAUUGGAAAUAAGCCCCAUCAACCUUCAAAGACCCCGCUGCCUUUGUGGCAGGGAAUCAAAGAAGCUCUGUCCAACAAUUGAAACAGCCAGUUAGAUGGCCCUGUAGGAACAAACUUUCUGUGAUAGGACUGAAUGCCUGUGAAAAUAAGACAGGAGACUCAAUCUUAGAAUGCUUUUGAUCAAUGGAGGGGUGAAAAAAGGAAUGAGACAAAAGCGUGGGAAAAAAUGUUAACUUGUAAUAUGUAUUUUUACUACACUUUUCUUAAAAAUAGAAUAAUGGGAAAACUCUUAAAGACAUUGACAUUUUUUCUCAACAGGAAUCCAUAUUUAACAGUUUCGGCUUUCAUUAAAUUUUGCUCUUUGGU